CUGUGACGAUCUUCGCUCACUGCCUCUCACGUCUCCUCUCACCUCUCACGUCCCCUCUCUCACGUCUCACCUCUCUCCUCUCAACCCUGAACCUCUCUCGUCUCGCGACCCCAUGGCGACGCCGCGCUCCGUGCUGGUGACGGGAGCGAACCGGGGUCUGGGGCUGGAGCUUGUGCGCCAGCUACUGCUGCUGCCGCCGCAGGGCACUGCGGACCCCGGCCCCCGUGUGCUCGCCACCUGCAGGGACCCCCACGGGCCCGGCGCGCAGGCGCUGCGGGAGCUGGCGAGCGCUCACCCUCAGCUCACGGUGCUUCAGCUCGAGGUGACUUCGCAGGAGAGUGUGGCCGCUCUGGCGCUCGCCGUGGAGAAGACCUUGGCAGGGGAGGGGUUGAACGCGCUCAUCAACAAUGCGGGCGUGGCGCUGAUGGCCCCGCUGGGAAGCGUCAAGGCCGAGGACAUGACGCACAGCUACAACGUGAACGUGGUGGCGCCGCUCAUGAUCACGCAGGCCCUGCUCCCACAGCUGCGCAUCGCCGCCGAGAGGAACAAGGCCGAGCCGCUGGGCUGGGGUCGCGCCAUCGUCGCCAACAUCUCGUCCAUGCUGGGCUCGCUGCACUUCGCUGCGUUGGCACCCACGGGCGAGUGGGGCUACUCCUACCCGGCCGCCAAGGCCGCUCUCAACAUGGUGACGCGCUGCCUGCUGCGUGAUCUGCAGACCUCGGGGGUGUUUGUGGUCAGCGUGAACCCGGGCUGGGUGAAGACGGACAUGGGCGGCCCAGAGGCCCCGCUGACGGCGCAGGAGAGCGUCGCGGGGAUGCUGCGCGUCCUCGCCACCCUCACGCCGGAGGAGAAUGGAGGAUUCUACGACCACGAGCACAAACCCGUGGCCUGGUGAAGCCGCCCCCCCUCCCCCGGGGCCCCCUGCGGCCCACCACCGGGGCUGAUGGAGCAGGGCGGUGUGCGCCGGUGGGGGACGCUGGUGAAAAACACCGGCAAAAUUAACGGGCAAACGCUGGGUUUGUCGGCGGUGUGCCGCGUUUAACAUACAUUUUAAAUGCGUUACCAUUACGUUAGGCUGUCUGUAAUGCAUACGAAAGGCGCAGUGAUAAAUAAUGUAGCCUAUAUGUAAUGCGUGUAUUACAAGCAACGGAGUAUUACGCAACACACUGUGUGCAUUCUGGCAACUUAAAAAAAAAACACUUUAAAUCAUGGUGGCGGUAGAAACGCGGCUAGGCUGUGCCGAAACCCGCAAUAAAUGUGAACCUUGUCAA